AGAGAGAGAGAGAGGGAGAGAGGGAGAGAGGGAGUGAAGGCUGUGUAUGUACAGAAUCAGCCAGUCACUAUUACACUGCAGACGCUGACAUCGAGACGGGACUGGGAGAACUGGGAACCAAACAUGGGACGCUCUGCUCUCUGCCUCAUUCUCACAUUGCUUUGCCAUUGCGCCUGGGGAUAUAUUGAGGCUCUUGCUGCAAAUGCAGGUACAGGAUUUGCUGUGGCAGAGCCCCAGAUUGCCAUGCGCUGUGGCCGCCAGACCCUUCAUAUGAACAUCCAGACGGGAAAGUGGGAGCCUGACCAGAAUGGGAGGCAGGGCUGCUUCACAAACCAAGCAGAGAUACUCAGCUACUGCCAAGAGAUGUACCCUGAGCUGCAGAUCACUACUGUGGUUGAGUCAUCCCAGACUGUCCCUAUCAACAACUGGUGCAAGAAAGGGCGGGGCCACUGCAAGAGUCACCUACUCGUCAACCCUUACCGUUGUCUUGUGGGUGAGUUUGUAAGUGAGGCCCUGCUGGUCCCCGAUCGCUGCAGAUUCCUGCAUCAGGAGAAAAUGGAUGCCUGUGAGAGCUACGUCUACUGGCACAACAUUGCAAAGGAGGCUUGUGGAGAAGAGACUCUUGAUCUGCAUAGUUAUGGAAUGCUGCUCCCCUGUGGGGCUGACCGAUUCCGAGGUGUCGAAUACGUGUGCUGUCCAGCCAGAACAACCAGCAGCCGGGUGGAGGAUGACGAUGAAGAGAUGAGUGAGACUGGCGCCCCUACAGCCACCAUGAGCCCAAGGCAGCAGGCAUUGAGUGAAAGGUCUGUGCCUACCCAAGACCCUAUCAAGUAUGCUGAAGCACAGGUCCAGGAAGAAGAUGAAAAAGUGGAUGAAGAGAUGCGCGAUGACUAUGACUACACUAUUGAUUCUGCAACUUAUGAAGCAUCUGACUACCUGGACCCCUUCUAUGACCGCCCCUCUGAGACCACUCGGGCACCACCAGCUCCAACCACAUUGGCUCCAGAAGAUCCAGUUACGCCAACUACCCGGCCAACAGAUGGAGUGGAUGUGUACUUUGAGAUGCCUGGCGAUGAAAGUGAACAUGCCAGCUUCCUACGGGCCAAAAUGGACCUGGAAGAACGACGAAUGAAACGCAUCAAUGAAAUAAUGAAGGAGUGGGCAGAGGCAGAUAACCAAUCCAAGAACUUGCCGAAAUCUGAGAGGCAGGCUCUGAAUGAGCACUUCCAAUCUGUCCUGCAAACUCUGGAGGACCAGGUUGCUGGAGAGAGGCAACGACUAGUUGAGACUCAUUUGGCACGAGUGGUUGCUCUUCUCAAUAACAAUCGCAGAGUAGCCUUGGAGAGCUAUCUGUCUGCAGUGCAAGCUGAUCCCCCUCAGCCCCAGAAAGUUUUGCAGGCUCUGAAGCGCUAUAUCCGCGCUGAGCAGAAGGACAGACGGCACACAUUGCGCCACUAUCAGCACAUCGAGGCCGUUGACCCCCAGAAGGCUGAGCAAAUGAAGUUCCAGGUAUACACCCAUCUGCGCGUUAUAAAAGAGAGAAUGGAUCAGAGUCUUGCGCUGCUGUACAAAGUGCCCAAGCUGUCCCAGGAACUGUAUGAUGAAAUCCAGGAGCUCCUACGGACAGAGAAGGCUGAUGCCAGUGAGCUUCUUACCACCUCAUUCUCAGAGACGCACACUACAGAGGAAUUCUUACCCACAGAGAGUGAAGAAAUCGAAGAUGAGGAAGAUGAUGAAGAAGCGGGAUUUGAAGCACGGCCUUACCCUCCCGUGUCUCAUGGCGCAACUGACUCCUUCCGCAAAGAAGACUCCCAGCAGUCCAGCCAGAAGACCAACAGGAUUGAUGACUAUGACUACAGCCCCUCAGAGAAAUCCCCCAGUUACGAAUAUGAGGAAAAGGUGAAUUCUUCAGUGGAUGUCAAAGAAGUCAUUUAUAAAUCAUCUGACAUCCAGAGAGAUGAAUUGGAGCCAGAUGCCUUGGAAACCUUUAACCGAGGGGCCAUGGUUGGUCUGCUAGUGGUUGCAGUUGCCAUUGCUAUGGUGAUGGUGAUCAGCCUGUUGUUAGUGCGUCGGAAACCAUAUGGGACAAUCAGCCAUGGGAUUGUGGAGCAGGUUGAUCCUAUGCUGUCCCCUGAAGAGCGCCAACUCACUAAGAUGCAGAACCACGGCUACGAGAACCCAACUUACAAGUUUUUCGAGCAGAUGAAUUGAGAAGAAGAGGCAACAGUACGAAGGAGAGAGCUUGAGAGUGGGGUUGGGGAGGGUGGUUUGGGGGGAUGGGGGGGGGGGCUGCAGCAAGUCAAGUCAUGCCUAUGUGAAAUAAUAGUGAGAAGGGCAGGAACAAUACUCUACAUGCACACACUUCCCAGAGCAGCCCUGGGGGGAUGCUAUGUCGGGACACUCUCAUCACACAGUUAACAUGAAAACAUGCGUCAAGGUGAUACAAAAGAAGUUGAAUUUGUUACAUAUUCCUUAUGGACAGGGACCUCAGCAGUCCGCAGCAUGCCAUUCCACUGCUGCUGUACCUGUUGUAUGUGCACACAAAGUUUUGUUUUGUAAUAUAUUCUGCAGAAUCCCCCAUCCUUUGUGCACCCCCCCCCCCCCAACCUCACAAUGAAUGGUUCCACUUGAACUCAACAGCUUCCUUCAGCUUUAACCUAUUGGCUUCCAGUCCCAAAUACCUUAUUGCAUUAACACCACCUAAUGUCUAGUGGCUCUGGAAAUGUUUUCUUUAUAUACACGGUCAUCGAGAAAGAUCUUUGGAAUUUCAAAAUGUUAUCUUUUUAAAUAGGGAACAAAGGUCAGUGAUAUUUUUUUAGAAAAAACAUGUAGAAAAUCUCAAAACAUAAUAAUGUCAUGCUUUUUAGCUCCACAAGCGGUAGUAGUGUUUCUAGACUUGCAAGAAUGACCCAUGAUGAAUGCUAUAUCUGUUGUGUGGUUCUCUUGGUCUGUCUGCCUUCAGCAUCCUACCUACAUUUGUAAUAAUCUUCAGUGUGGCAUGUGCAUCUAAAUCAUUUGUAUAUGGGUUUGCGCUCAUUCUUUGGGUGGAUGGAGCUUUUCUUCUGACGAACAGAUGCUCAGGAACGUAAUGUGAAUAUCACCCUGCAGGUAAUAAUGCUCAUUAACAGUUAUAGUGGCUUCUAGAAUUGCUCAGGAAAGGUGACAAGAUUUUACAUAGUCUAGUCCAAAUUGUACCAGUAUAUUAAGCUUUGAAAUCCCAUAGUUCUUUUCUGAAGACUUGUAUUCUUGUUUUGAUGUAUGGAGGCUGGUGGUGGUUGUUCAGAACCUACACGGGUGGUGAAUGUUUAAUAAUGAAAUGUUGCAGUGAUGCUGCUGAGGACACAUUUGAAAUGUACAGACUUUUUUGUUCUGUCUUGGAAGGUACAUAUAUAUAUAUAUAUAUAUAUAUAUAUAUAUGUAUAUAAAAAUAUAUAUAUAUAUAUAUAUAUGUAUAUAAAAAUAUAUAUAUAUAUAUAUGUAUAUGUGUGUGUGUGUGUGUGUGUGUGUGUGUGUGUGUGUGCGAGUGUGUGUGUGUAAUGUAUGUAUGUGGGGUAUCUAUGUGUGCAUCAAGGACUCUCAUCCAUUUUUGGUUGGAAACGCCAGGUCUACCACCCUAUCGUUUAGUGAACUUUUCCAGCCUACCUAGAUGCACACAUACCUUUCUCCCCUAUUGUGUCAACUCACGUGCUGUUUAGAGUAAGAAGAUGGUCUUCAAUCAGGUAGUUGUCAAUUACAGAGGGAUUCCAGAGAAUUAAUAAUACUACCAAAGAUAGUCUUGGUGACUGAUUUGAGAAUCGGUGUCCUCUCUUUAUUAAGAGUAAAAAACAACAUAACACAAAAACCCUUCAACAUCCUGCAAAAACACAGCAAAGUGUGCUCUUCUCAUAAAUAAGGAGAAAACAAAGUCGACGAACAUUUAAUGUAAAUAUUGACUCCUUGGCAUUUAGUGUGUGGCUGAGUCAAGUGCUGUCCUCGUCUGCUGUUUCUCGCCUACACUUUAAUGGGAUACUGCUAUGGAGGUUUGAUUGUUUUUGAAGCAAAGGUUUGCCACCAUCUCAGUUUCAUCAUCCCUUCAUUUCUUAAGAAUUCUGUUAUUUUUGAGAAUGACAGAAGAACAGGGAGACUCCUGGAGGUAGAAUGUUUUCAGUGUCUAAGUAGAGAUCCUGGAAUAACUUGACUGGUGUCUCUGUGAAAGUUGAUAUUGUGGACUUUAGGAGGUACCAGUCUAUUCCAGAACCACUUUACCAUGUUAAACCAUCUAGUUGCAAGAAUGAAAUGAGGCACAUGUUUUCGCUACAGGCUAAAGUCAGCAUUCACGACCAUGAAGGACCUGCAUGACCAUGCCUUUGAAUGACUUUACACAAUCCACCAAACUACUUUAUUUAUUAAAGAUCUGUAUGAAGCGUGUAAAAAAGGAAGAGAAGAUCUUGAAAACGCAUUUGAUCAGUUUAUUUUUGCUAAUCAGACAUUUGAUUUGUUUAGCAUGGUUGGUAGGGUUGACUGUAUGGAUGUCUAUUUUUUAAUAGAUUGGGGGGACCAAUUGAGCUGCUUCAGUGAGCUGUGGAUGAACACCAUAGUUUGAGGCCAUGGUGGUUUUGUCAUGCUGUAAGUGAAGCAAUCUGUAGUGCUUAUACAAUUUUUUACUCACAAAUGUUGAACAUAGUGAUUGGGGCACUGAUCAAGUGAUAGUGUUGUGCUUAAUUUAUAGUUUCUUAAUGUUUUGUGAGUCUGGAUUUUUACAAUAACAACUUUAAAUAAAAAGCAUAUUUUAGAAUGCUUCUCUACAGGUCUGGAAAUGGAGCAGGAUGUCCAUCUGACUUUCCUACACUUUAUGGAAUGUUUCUGACUGUUCUUUCUUUUUAUGCAAAUUAGGCUCAUGUGAUUAAAAUGCAAAUCAGCUGUCUUGGAAUCAAAACAUAUUCCUUUUGAAGUGCUACUUGAUGAUAUUAACCGAUGUGCUCUUCAUAGUGCAUUACUAUAAUUUUUGUAUUAUAUAUGUAAAUAGUAGAAUGACAGAGCACGAACAGUGACCAAUGGCUCCAGAAAAACUAAUUAAAGUUGAAAUUUUCUUCAUCACAGUUUUUCAGUCACAAUCCUUUGCCCUGUCAAAAAAUACACCAUUUUAGGUCUCAUUUGGUAGGUUAGGCUCGCCCGUUUUCAGUACCCAUCAUGAGUUGGACUGGUGAACAUCUGGGUUUUGUUGUUCAAGCAUAUUAUGAGAACAACUGUUCUGUGAUAGCGACGCAAACAGCGUUCCAUACAUGCUUCGCGCUCGUUCAAAAUGCAUUUGUGCCAGACCAGAAAACGAUUUUGCUAUGGACUUCUAACUUUCGGGCAACUGGGUCCACACUGAAAAGAAUAUUACCUGGCAGACCUAAGACAGAACAUGUGUGGUUUCAACAGGAUGGGACCACAGCUCACACAGCACGACAUUCGCUCGGAGUAUUGAAGGAAAUGUUCCCUGGGCAUUUGAUCUCCUUAAAGGGAGACGUGGGGUAGCCGGCACAGUCACCAGAUUUAAGCCCAUGUAACUUUUUCCUUUGGGGAUACCUAAAGGAAAAGGUUUUCAAACAUCGUCCUCGAUCUCUUGAGGAUUUGAAGGAAAGGAUCAGACAGGAAAUCGAUGCCAUUCUGCCCGAGAUGACCCAGAGAGUGAUGGAGAACUUCCGGGAACGUCUUCAGCAGUGUAUUGCCAAUGACAGUCACCAUUUGUCUGACAUGAUUUUUUUAAAACCCAUUAAAACAAAACUUGUUUUUUAUGUACUUUUCAGAAAUAUAUACUUUUGUUUAGAUAGCUUCGUUCAUUUUUUAUAACCAUUCAAAAUUUGAGAGAUCUUUAUGCCCCACCCUGUAUUACAAUAAGAGUUGAGAUCCUCUGUGCUGAUUCCCUUCCUAAUUACUGCUUCAUUUACAGCUACUGGUUCUUCCAUUUCAGCUACUGGCAAGCCAACCCUUUAAAUGUUCUGAUUUGAAACGUGUUGCUUUUACUGAUCCAUCCCAACAACUGCCCUAAUGCUUUACACAAUAAAUAAUUAAUUAGGAUUUUGUGCCGCCAGAGAGAGCAUUCCUGGCUGAAGUCCUAAUGAGGCUCUGUUCCAUCCAUCUAUCUUCUGAACCUGCUUAAUCCAAAUUACAGGGUCACAGGGGGCUGACGUUUAUCUUGACAACGUUAGGAACAGUAUAUGAGACAACCCUGGACUGGGGGCUUUGGAGAUUGUGUUCAAAAAGUCAAUAACACUUUAGUUUAGGUAUUGCAAACAUGCAUGUAUUGUUCAUUUACUGGUAUGUAACAAGGCCUUAAUAAAAGACUUUUUGGGUCUUCAUAACACUUACAACGCAUCAGUAAAGUGUUUAUUCAUCUCUACGAUGUCACCUUCUAACAAAACUUCACUUUGGAAUGGUCUGAAGUGGCCGAACUGAGACACGUUUCUCCUGAUAUUACAUAUUUAGUAUAAGAGCUGUGUAUCCUUCAUAUCAACAAGUCAUUUUACCAUCAUGUUAAAAUGCCACACUGCACAGAGAUUAAUAACCUAUCUAAUGAUGUUUAAUAAGCGUUAUGAAGACCCAAAGAAGCCUUUGUUAAGGUCUCAUUACAUAACAGUAAAUGUGUAACUGAUGCAUUUAUGCAGUACCUAAACUAAAGUAUUACCAAAAAGUCAUAUUGAAAUAUUAAACUAAUCAAUUCUUUAAACAUAUACACUGCUCUGUAGCUUACAGAAGUAAGUGACGUGAUGCUGAGGUCUGUUUGUCACAUCAGCUUAGCCACUUUGGCUGUUGGUGGCACAGUGUACAACUGGUCUGCAGACAUUACUAGGUGAUCUGCCUGCUGUUUACUACUGAUAAUAAUUAUGAGAUUUAGAAAUGGUUGACAUAAAAUUCAAUUCAUUUUAAUCAUACUUAGCAUAUUUCUUCUUAAGAAUCCCGUAUGGUAUAAAAUAAUUACAAAUUUAAUCAAAAGAUGCAACGUAAACUCACAUCAACAAUACAAUGAAGGAUUCAGAUAAUGAUUCUUCAUGAAAUAUCACCACAAAACCUGAUGACAAUUUCCUUUUUAGAUCACCACAGACAAUGAUUAUUUAUUGAUCUUAUCUAAUGGUAUGGCAAACUGCCACUUUUUUUCCCAAUAUCCAAAAAUUCCUGUAACUUCAUUUGCUGUGCUCAUCCUGCCAGGAAUAAGAAUUAGUAAGCGACAGGGUAUACUUUGUUUUUCACAACCCAGUAACUUAUAUCUAAACAGAUCAUCUUAUUGUACUGCACGUCAAACUUUUUACAUGCUGCAAGAAAGAGAGAACUUUAGUGUAAGGCCUUUCAGCGAGUCCUAACCAUUGUGAAUGUUCAAAGCAAAGGUGCUAGAACUUGAAAGUGUACUUGCUUUGCCAUCACGUGAACAUAACAGUGCGUAACAUGAGCAGAUUAUAUUCUACUUGUACACGUAGACUGAUUAUUUUGCCCCAGCUUUUGUGCAUAACAACACAUUACAGCUUACCUUUAUGUGUAGCACUGGAAUGUUACACCUUGCACUUGUCCGCACAUUAUUUUCUAGUCUUGAACUUGCCGGUGUGUUAUGCCCCAUCUUUACACACAACACAAGAGCAUCAUCCCCUGCCCCUACGGUUAACAUGAGCUUGUCAUUGUAUGCCCCACCAAUGUGUGUAACAGCAUAAGGGGUCCUGCCUAUACACAUAAGUGAAUCAUUAUCAGUGUUUGAGGGUGGAUGUAUGUAUUGUAAAAUAAGACGGGAGAUAGAGAAUGUAAACAAAUUGGGGUCUGUCCAAGCACUCUGUUUAAUAAAAACAGAAAUGAAAAUAAUGAAUGUAAAGUCCAAAAAUAGUAAUUAGUCUAUCGUUCUAAGCCUGUUCCCAUUUCGUUUCAAGUGUCUCUUCCCGGAACUCUGCCUUCAUUAGAAAUGGGUUUGUCAGUAAGCGCCAGCUCCUGACAUUGUCACUCUUUAAAUGAGCCCCAGGGUGGAAUCAGCGGGGCCUCCUGGCAAAGACCAGGAGUAACAUCAAACAUCGAAAGAAGGAGGAAUUAAUGGCCGUGGGUCCUCAAGCUUACCUUACCCAAGCCUUGUACAUAGAUUUUCCCUAUGCUUCUGACACAAUAUUUUUAUGGAAGUUGUUAAUGUUGGUAAGAUGCACACUUUGGACCAAAAAGCUAUUUAUUAUUUUAUAACUGGCUGGUAUCUUCAUUCCAGGGGGCCAGCAAAAUCCAUUCAAAAUACAUGCAUACCUUCUUUAAACUUGAAGUACAGGCAGGUUAGUUCACUGGCUUGGGGUCACAGAGCGAGUCAAUGCUGGGGACUGAACUGGUGGCCUUGUGGUAUAAAAUUCAAAGUCUGAGCCACCACCACACACAGCUCUACUGUUACUCAAUAAAGGUCUGGUGGGAAAAUAAUAAGCAUGGCAUGUAAGCAUCCAAGUGUUCCCUUUAUACAGUUCCCAGCAUUCGGGGAAUUAGGCGUACUUGGUAGUUGAAGGUUGUGUUUUGGUAAUCCAUGUGAGUGAGGCGUUUUAUAAAGUGGUAAAUUUGUACGUAUUCACUAAGAAAGCACAACAUCUAAAAAUAACCGAUGACUCAAAACAUUGACAGUUAAAGGAAAAGAGACAACCAGACGUGUCAAAAGAACAUCAUUCACUUUCCUCUGCAGAUCUUGACAUAUCCAACUGGAGCUUCUCAUGGUGUCAGACUCGACAACAUGGAAUGAAUGCCAUCAUUAUAAACAAAAAAAAACAAAACCUGUUUUGCUGUCAGAGAGCUCUAGGGAUGGUAGGAUAUGCUGAAUUCAUAUGUUAACUUGGUUCUAAUGGAAAUCAUGAACAGUUGAUAUGGGGUUUGCUUCGUAAGAGUUGAUCUUUUUGAUAGACUUUUUGCUUCAAACCAAACUAAAUGGAUUUAAGAAAGACCUGAAUGUUGUGUACCAAUUGUUCUUAGUUCCCAUUAUACUGGAUGAUGAGACAAAGCUGACCAGUUUCCCAUUCAGAGACACACUACAGGAUGGGAGUCGUUCGUUUCAACCAAUUUCCGCUUUUCUUGCCUUGCUCUGAUUCAUUCUUCUGCUGUUAAGGUGGGUUUCUUGCCGUCACUGCAGUAGCAUCAUUUCCACUAUACAUUGUACUUUCGGUGGCCCUGCCCACGAUGUUGCAUGCCAGCCUUUCAUUCCUGGUGUUCAGAUUGCCACCUGUACAUCUGAUAAAAUCGUUCAAUAAAGUAGACCAUCCUAUGUUUAUGUCUGUUUUUUUACAUUCUUUUUAAUUUUUAAGUGAAGAAAGGCAGUUAGCCUACCCUUUUAUUCAUACUGAAAAAAAACUUCCCUUGCAAAAGGAACCAAAUAUCAAACAAAUUCUUUCCCCAUGGGCCUCAAUAAAAAGAAAUGAAACAAUUAGCUGGGCGAAAGUGAAAAACAAGCCAUGCAAACGUGCAGCAUUGCUCUCGUAUCCUGAACACAUGGAGAGUGGGGUGUUGACGAUGGUAGUGAGGGCAUAGUUUAGUAUGAAAUGAAUAUUUCUGACCCAUGAUGUGUAUAUAUAUAUAUAUAUAUAUAUAUAUAUAUAUAUAUAUAUAUAUAUAUAUAUAUAUAUAUAUAUAUAUAUGUAUAUAUAUGUAUAUAUAUAUAUAUAUGUGGUUUUUUUAUUUGGGUAAACUGCUUCCAAACUGUGUGCACUGUUGGCUGUCUUCUGCAAAGGAAGAUUUUAAAUCCCGCUUACCUGAAUGGAUCUGUCCUGUUAGAGCGCACGGUAUCUUGGAUAUGGUGUUUGUAAGGUUUCUGUUACAAUACUUUGUUAGAAAACCUGCUGUUAAUAGACGUCAUGUGUCUGUUCUAAAUGAUUCUUGCAUGACCAAUGUGUAACGUGUUGUAGAAUGUUUAUUGUCUCCUUGGAAGUUUGAGGCCUCUGUGCACAAACCUGGAGGUGCUAGACUGGCAGAGUUCAGCCUCAUAGGGGAUGGUAUCGACUUAGACUGCUUCUGCUGAUUCAGCUUCUUUCAAAUAUUUAUUUUGGACACUGCUGAUGACUUAAUUUUUCCUGAUCUUUAUUAUUUUUUUAUUUUUUGUACAUUCUGAUAUUGUGUGAUGUACGCUCCUUAUCCGUUUUAACUUGAAUGGUAGAGCAAACCUUAUUAAUAUCACCUUGAUACCCAAAACAUUUGUUAUUCUCAAGAGCUGUAAUAAAUUAAAGAAACUCUAAUAUAUAAAAAUCUGUCUUUUAAAA